AUGCAGGACAAGGCGGCCGUGGAGGACGGCGAGAAGGAGACUUUUUCGAAGAAGCCGCGCCACUGCGAAGCCGAGAUGCCCCUUACUGAUUCCGAGGAAGACUCUUUCCUCUUUCCCGUGGAGGAGAUCGUCCAAUACCCUCUUUCGGGAUACGUCGCUCCCUCUUCCAUCAGCUUCAGCCCCGAUGGGCGCUUGAUCUCGUAUCUCUUCAGCCCCGAUGGUACCCUCCACCGUAAAGUCUUCGCCUUUGACGUUGCCUCACGGCGACAGGAGCUUGUGUUUUGCCCGCCUGAUGGAGGCGGCCUCGAUGAGAGUAAUCUCUCGGCUGAAGAGAAGCUGAGGCGAGAGAGGUCAAGGGAGAGGGGAUUGGGAGUCACGAGGUACGAGUGGAAAUCGAGGUCGACGUCCUCUUCUUGCUCCACUCCAGGGAAGCCCACUAUCAUGGUGCCAUUACCAAAUGGGGUAUAUUUCCAGGAAAUAUCAGGCUCAGAGCCAGAGCUCAAGCUUACAUGUUGUGCUGGUUCGCCAAUUAUUGACCCGCAUCUGUCACCAGAUGGAAGCAUGCUUGCAUAUGUCAGGGAUGAUGAACUCCAUGUUUUAAACCCGUUUGGUGGGGAGCCUAAACAAUUAACUUUUGGAGCAAUUGCAAAUAGAAAGGUCACUGGAACCUGUUGGUAUACUCAUGUAUACCACAACACCGCCCCAGGCUGUUUGGGGAGUAUCAGAGCAGCAACACAAUAA